GCAGAGAGGCAGGGCAGAGCAGCAAGCAACAACCGCUAAACCCAUCAUCAACCGCCAGGAAGGGGUGAGGAAGAAGAGAAGAGGCGCCCGAAACAUUCGAACCAACAAAAGCAGAGGGGAGCAGAGCAGAGCAGGGGACCCCAUGCAAAAGGAAAGCAAAGCCGCGGCGAAAGCUGCCUCCGAGCUAACCCCCUUCCCCUCUCCUCUUCGAACCAACAUCUCCUCCCCUGCGAUUCCAACUCCACCCCCGCCUCUCCUCUUACAAAUACCGCCACCGUCCUGUACCCCCCGCUGACGAAUCAACUAGCUAGCUGCCGGUCCAUCCAUCCAUCCAUCCAUCCAUCGAGAUUCGAGAAGGGAAGAGGACAAGCCGAUUACAGAGGCCGGCAAGAAACGCGAGCAGUACUAUGGGUAUUGAGGUUGUACUCCAAUCCUCCAAAGAAGAGCUGGAUUCUGCCGUUAACUCUCCAUCUAGUGAUAACAUGGGAAUGUCUGAUGAUAAGUGUGACCAUCCAGAACUUUCUGGCACUGUCAAUGCCGAAAAUUCCUCCGGCGUGCAAUCUGAGAAUGGUAUCUCAGAACAAUUAGAAUCUGCUUAUGUCAAUGGAGAUACUGAACAUGAUGGUUCCCCAGACACCUGCCAUGCUGAGCGGACUGAUGAAGAGCCUGCUUCAGAUGAAGCCUCUCCUGUUAAUGUUGAGAAAGAAGAUGUGACACCACAAUAUGUUGAAAGUAGUUCUGAUGAACAGGAGAAUAAAAAAACAUCGAUGGAAGGAACAGCGGUAAGUGAUAGUACAUCAGUCACAUCUACAGAAGAUGUUUUAGAACCAAAGAAAGGUGCUCAGUCCGAGCCAGGAGAUAUUAGUGGGUACCCUCCUGAUCUGUCCAAUGCCAAGGCUUCCGGUAAUGGAAAUGUGUACCAAAAUGCGAAGUGCGUAUUGACAACCUCGAAAAAGAAGAUCAAGAGAAGCGCGUCUGCGACUACAAGGAAACCACUGCAAGCUACUAACAGAAAUACUCUGGACGACUGGAAUGCUUCUACUCUCACUAACUCGAAAUCGCCAAAUGGAAAGACUACUACUGUCCCAUCAGGCCCAGUCUUCAGAUGUACCGAACGUGCCGAGAAGCGCAGAGAAUUUUAUUCAAAGUUGGAGGAGAAAAAUCAAGCUAUGGAGGAACAGAAAGUUCAGUUGGAAGCUAGGUUGAAGAGAGAACAAGAGGAGGCUCUCAGGCUACUCAGGAAAAGCCUGACAUUCAAAGCUACACCCAUGCCAAGCUUCUACCAUGAGGGACCUUCUCCCAAGGCUGAAUUUAAGAAGCUGCCCACAACCCGUCCCAAGUCACCGAAGCUGGGGAGGAAGAAGGCCUCCAUGGACACAUCCCACUCAUCGGAGGAGAGCGAGAGUGUGAGGCCCUGCUGCCGUGCGAGCCGUGACAGCCUCGACAACCACUGCAAAUGCAGCAGCAACAGCAAGCCGCAACAGCAGCGGCAGCCUGCAGCAAAUGCUAGGCAUGCUGCUGCCGCGUCCAAGAAGCAGGCCAAGAACCAUGCCCACAAGCUAUCCAACGAGAGCUCCAUGAACAUUGCAGUGUGCUAAACUGCUGCAGCAGCUGGUGCUUCUGCUUCUUCUUCUUCCUCCAGCUGUUCUUGCUUCACUGCUAGAUUCUUUUGGCUCCAUGGAUCAUGGUGAAAUCUGAGUUCAGAAGGAGAAGAAGAAAUGGAGGUGCUAUUUUUUCCCCUUAAGUUAUGAGAGUUACUUCUGCUUCGAUCACGGCUUGUGGUGGUUUUGGUGUAGAUAAUAAGUUAUGGUGAUGAAGGUGGUGAUGCACAAGGGGUGUGCAUGUGCCACGAGUGAAGUCAGUUGGUCAGACACAAGUCUUGCUAUUUAUGCUAAUCUUUCUCUCCCACUUUUUUUAUUUGUUGUGAGAUGUGAGGGUGGGCUGUGCUCUGUCUCUGUACAAAUGCUGUUUGUUCCUUAAUUUAUGGGGUUGUGGUAUUUGUUAAUGUAAGUUAUUGAACACACAUGCAAACAGAUGGUUUGUUGGUAUGGUUGAUGAAUGACAUGGAACUAUUUUAUGUUCACC